AUGGUGCGGCCGCGCGCAGCGGUGCCCCAGUGGCGUGGGAGCGCCCACAGCCUCGCUGUGGAGGCGGUCCCCAUCGCGGGCGCCCUGGAGUCCACCUCUUUCCAGGACUGCGUCGGCUACGUGCUCUGCCUCGACUGGCGGGUCUUCGACAACGGUCCCUCGAUGCAGGAGGCCCUAUUCACUUUCGACUGCGACGGCGACGGUGCUGGGGUCGGCAGCCGCCCUGCCGGGAGCUACCCCUUCCCACAGUGCUUGGUUUUCGGGUCGUCGCAAGAGCCCCUUUGCCCCGCACCGGCACCGGUGGAGUCGGGCGCUUUGCGGCUCUUCUGGCAUGCGCGCCGCCGCAGGUGCCUGCUACUGGCCAUUGUAUUGUUUUUCGUGUCUGCAGCUUGGGAUGCUACUGGUCAUAGUGGGAGGCCUCCAGAUGAGGAUUCACUACCCGAGGACGCGGCCACCUUCUCCGUCAGCUUCAUGUCCACAUUCGUCAUAGGAUACAUAUUGUGGUUGUUCGCAGUUGGGGUGUUGGCCGUUGUGAAGGCGAUGGAGUUCAUGCUGCGCCUCUGUACCCGUUUUCGCUCCAACGCUCCCGCCUGGUGCGCGCACCGCCUGCGACUUAUGCGCAAGUGCGUCUGCGCCUCCGUGAGCCUCAGCUUUUGUCUCGCUGCCGCGGGUACCGUGGGAGCAAUCGUGGGUAGCACCGUUGGAAUAUUGGCCACAGCAGUUCAGUGGCACCACCUGCCGCCUUUUCCGCCCGCGCCGUCCCAGCCGCCUGGGUCGCUGCAAGUGCCAGCAGACCAGCGCGCCAACCCAGCAGUCGGCGAUUUGGAAGGCGGAGUUCGCAGGCUGAACUUCGACGAGGCCAUGCCGCCUGCACUGCCGGCCCCGCCGGCACGGCUUCACUGUCCAGUGGUGGGAUGCCCCUGUUCUGACACGAGGCGACAUCCCCGCUGGGCCACUCUCCCAACCUUGUGCCGACACUUGGACGCCCACCUCAGUGGCCAGCUGCACGGGCACGUCGAGGACGAGUGGCUCCGCCAGCAAGGCCGCACUCGCUGCCGGGCGUGCGGCCUGUGCGUGGCUGCCCGCAGGGGCGUGCACGCCUCUUGCCGCCCCGCCGACCGUGCUGCCGCGCGGCCUGCAGCCCCGCCCGUGGCAGAGCCUGGAGCCCCGCCGGCCGGUCAAGGCGUUGGGGGACGUCCAUCCCUGGACAUCGUCCACGCGGCGGCCGUGUCUACCCCCCGCUACGCGCCCGAACGAGCCCGGCCAGCUUGGUCUCGAACGCUUUCCCGGUGCCUCGCCAACGCGGCGGUGCACAACUCGGCCUCAGCUUGGACCGACCUGCAGAUGGUGGCCAAGUGCGUCCUCUGCGUGCCGCCGCGCACGGGCAGGAAGAACGAGACCGCGCUUGCCGCUUUCACGCUGGAGCGGCUGGCCCAGUGGGAAGCCAGGGAACUCUCGACUCUCUGGCGGGAGGCGUGCGGCGAGCGACCGGGAGAGCGGCGGCAACGAGCGAAGAGGCCGCCGACCGCGGAGCAGCGCCCCGCCCGCGCUGCCGCUUUCGCGGCGGAGGGCUUGCUGGGGAAGGGCUGCGCCGCAUUGGCCGCCGCGGGCCUCGCGACGCCAGCGCGGGAGACCGCGCUGGCCUUUGAAAGGCUGCACCCUGCUGCGCCCGCCCUGCCUCUCGGCCGCCUGGGACAGCUCGUGGCCGCGCCCGAGAUCGCCCCGAACUCGGUGCUCAAGGCUGAAACUGGCGUUAGCCGCGUCGCCUUGCGGGGUGGGUUCAAGCUGCUGGGCGCGUCCAUCGGCGACCAGGCCUACUGCGAGGCUUUUCACGGCUUACGGCGCAUGGAGGCCCACGUGCCUGGCGCCUACAUGGCGAGCCUGGCUGCGACCCGAGACCUCUGCGCCGCGCUGGACCCAGCCUACAGGUGGGCGCCAGAGGACGCGAGCACGAGGGCCGGACAGGCGCUCUUCGCCUACAACGCCCGGCUGCCAGGGGCGAGCGGAGCGCGCCCAGAAACUCUCGAGGGUGCCACGCAGAAGGGCCUUUCUGCUGCUUUGGACGACCACGACCACAAGGCCUUCUGCGUUGGCUUGAGCGAGUCAGACCUAGCGGAAAUCCAAUCCGAACAACUCCCCGGCGCCAGCGGCUUCCUGAAGGCGCCGCCGAAGGAGAACCUCGGGCUGCUCGUCGAACCAGAGGAGUUUGUGACUGCGGUCAAGCGCCGGCUCCUAGUGCCCGUCUACGAGUCCGAACACUACUACUGCCCCUGCUGCGACGGCGUGUGCGACAGGCCGCUCUCGGCAUGGCUCGGCUCGGCCUAG